CAUUGUUUAAAGAUGGGCGUGGUAUUAAUUUCACAUCAUAUUAUAUACGAUCUAGUCAUACUUCUUCCUUAAGGAAAAUGCUACUUCUUAGUAAGCUUGGCUUUCUAUAUACAGCAUCGUUAAAUAUUUUAUAUUUAGAAAAAAGUUCUCACUGGAAUCCUCAAGUACUUUUACCAAAAAAUGUUCCAUUUACUUCCAACACGACUGCAUGAGAUACAUGGAUAUUUAUUUCCAAAUGACAAAACAAUAAAGAGUGUGGGUCUCAUUAGGGGUGAGGUAAACAGUUGGAAAUGUAAACAUGUUCUGCGGCCACCUUCCUCUCUGGGUCACCUCUGCACCCCACCCCCCACACACAGGGAAUUCAGACACUGCUCUUCUCACACGGGACAGGAAGUUAUUUAGUCGCAGCAUAAUGAGAACACAGACACACCGAGAAACAUAUUUCCCAGCCAGAGUUAAACAGUCUGGGGCAUGUUCUCUCUUGCGCCUGGUUCUGAGUUUUUCUGUCUACGCCCCUCUCUUGGAUCUUCCACUCUUCCGUUUUCUUAGCAGAGUUCCCAGCCCUCUCCUUCAGCCUCUCUCCUUUCCUCACUGUCUGGACCCGUUGCCCACGCCGGGCGCCUGCCCUUCCUAACAGCAUCUAAUCCAGAGGGGCGUACACGAGAAAGGACGUCUCCCAAGGAAAACAAACCGUACCGUGUUCAGAAUGAGGAGCGGCUGCAAAAAAGGGCCCAAUGCUCGGGACUUGGAAAAUCCCAGUCUUUAGUCUGGAGGGCUCCACACGUGUGUGCACUCCGCACAAAGCAGCACGCGGCUUCUGCAGUCCUGAAAGAAGAGCCUCUUUUCUCCCCAGUUUCUGCCACUUUCCUCUCAUGCCUGUUUGUCAUUCUGUCUUUCUCUCUCACAUCCUUGCGUUCAAGACACCACUUCUCCUGGCGCUGGUUCCUUUGCUAAUAUUCACUUGUACACCCUGCCAAUCUACCUUGCUACCCAAACAAUUACUAAUGCUUCAGGUGUUCAAAUAUGCCUUCCUUAAAAAAAAAGAAAAUUAGGAGCAAGUCUCUUCUAAAAGCUUUGUUAUUUAAUAUCCUGAGCAUCCAAAACUCCCCCAAAUUGUCAAAAGACAGAGCUAACCACAGGAUAAGGUGACACAGGUAGUGAUGCCCACACCUGCUUGCACAUCUGAAUGACCUGAGUUGCCCGUUAGUCCCCAGUUUGUGUUGCUGUUACACAGCCUUAUUGAUACGUUUCUUUUCUGUCUGGCGGGAUGUGUACUUAUGAGCCCCAUGAAGGGAAAAGGAGGGCACUGAGAAAGCCACAGAACUCAGGCAGUGCCAGUCAUGUGUCCUGGCGACUGUUUUCAGUGAAGGCAUCUGUCAAAUGGCUCUAAAGUAACCUUCUGUGUGAGGGGUGAUGGAAAGAUGUUAGCAAAGGCACUCAACACCCGUUCAUAGAGUAUCUACCUACGGCGAGACAAGGUGCCGGGAACCCUGAGAAAAUGCAUGGAUGCCGGGAACCCUGAGAAAAUACGAGGAGUGCAGAUUCAGCAUCAGCAAAGCAGCACUGGCAGAGCUAGAAGGCCAAACAGGGAUGAGGAGGGAAGGUAUCUGGAGAGACCCACACGCUCAUCACAGACACAGGAUACUAUGGCUCCACAUUGCUCCCAUGGCAGCCCAAGCUCGGGUGAGGGAGGGCGUGACUGCAUUCAGGGUGGGCCACUGCACAACUCCAUGGUCCUGGAAAAUGAGCUUUCUGAGCCUCAGACUGUUUGUCUGAGAAAAUGGGGUAACAGCACCUUCCUUGUAAGGUUUUGUGAGCAUAACUGAGAUGAAGUACAUAAAAUGCUCAGCAGCGUACCAGACACAGCAGCCACCACCUGUUUCUACACUUUCACUUCUCUCUUGCACACACCCAGAUCCACACUGUCACACAUUACUCAAAGUCCCCCAGGACCCUGGGGCACUUCCUUCCUUUGCUGUUGCUCCUUCCGCCACCUAAAAUACUCUCAACAGCCUCAGCUUCGCUGGUGGAAAUGCUACGCACAACGACAGGGCCAGGUCCCUCAUUGUCACAUCAGUUUAGUGAAAGCCCUCGCCCCAGGAGGGGCAAGGUGGGGAAGAGGGCCUUUGGGGCCCUUAUCACAAUAAUUCACUUACUCUCCAGGUGUCUGUUUAAUGUCCGUCAAUUUUGUGAGGGAGAACCCAGGUCUGUUUUAUUCACAGUUAUAUUCUCUUUAAUCGGCACUGAUUUGGCACUUAAUAUUUGUUGAAUACACAAAUAAUGAGUAAAUAAGUGGACUAAUGUAAAAGCACAUGACUAAAAGAAUAGGGCAAGGCCGAAGAUAAGAACAAAAACUGGUUGUGUUGGAAGCUUAACCUGCUAAGUGCUGACAAACUGAAGAGAAGAAAGGAGAGGCAGAGAGAAAGUUAGAGCAAAAGAGUUUAUAGGUGUAAACUAGGUCUUAGAGGCAGGAAUAAAAAUAAGGAACAAAAUCAAGAGGUAUCUGAAGGAAGUGAAGAACGGAUCAGGCAUCUGAGGGGAUGUGCAUCUCAGUGGAUUUCAAGAUGGACUCACUAGGUAGAAUCUGUUGGGGGGAAACAAGAAGCUUCUAAGGGCGCAAGCUCAUGCAUUUACCUCUAGGUGAGAGGAAUUUGAGAGGUAGGUGGAAAUGGAUUAUAAAUGCCUAGCAGGUGGUUUGACGUGGGGACUACUGCAGAGGUGACAGCUUAGAGACGAACAGUAUGUCACUGGGAGGGGUGCAAAGCCCCAGGUUCUCUUCAGAGGGAAGAAUAAAGAGAGCUGACAAACAAGCCAUCAAAUGAUACACAUGCCGUCUCCAGAAUUAAUGAGAUGACUGGAAAAUGCAAGGUCACAGAAGUCAGGGAAGGGGACAUUUAACAAUAGGGGCCAUCAGUACGGUCAAAUGUAGUGAAGAAGUCACAAUGGCCUCUCUGACUUGCUUAUUAAAAGAAAACCACAUGCGAACCUCAAAAGAGGAGUUUCUCUAAAGUGGUGAGGCAGAAAGCAGGAAACGGGGUGGAAGUAUGAGCAGCCGGUGAACUGGUGAAGGUGAGGGAAGUACCCGGCAUUUACCAGUAGCUGGGCACUGAGAACAAGGGCCGGGAAGGAAAGAGAAGUUUUAUUAGGACAAUCAACAGCAAACUCUUGUUUCAAAGCUAUGUUUCCAAUAAAGGACUCUCCAUAAAGGAGAUCCAGACUGGAAGGCACAGGACUGACAAAGGAGAUGGGAGACAAUGGCCUCUCGUCUGGAUUAACUUGGAAAGAAAGAUGGGGACAUCUUUCUACUCAACCACAGUGAAAAAUGAAAAUUAGUGAAAAUACAGGGAAGCAUGGAGGCGAAGAAGUGAGGCAGCUGAAGCUCCUAUCAGUUCACUGGCCCUGAAAGGCUCAAGGAGUUGGGUCACUAGCAAAGUCAUGAGUUAAGAGUGAGUGAAUGAAUUAUAAAGCAAGAGCAGCAUGCAGUUAGCUGGAAAAGAAUCACCAGUCAAUAGCUAUAUGCAGUGUGAAGAUGGUAUUUGUUUCUGAUAGUAACAUUUUUAGAAAAAUCAUGAUAGCUGUUACUAGUCUUCAAAGAGGAAAGGCAGAGACACUUUAAAGGUAACUGUUUUUCAAUAGCCUACGAGAUUUGUUUAUAUCAAUUUUCUGUACAUGUAGAAAAUAUAUAAGUCUUCAAACAACAAUUUAUACUACAUGAGAAUAAGAUCAAGCUAAGAGAAUGGACCAAAUAUUUCCAAAGGUACCAAUGAGUUCUGCUCUUUCAAAUAAGUAUUAUUAAAACACUCUUGAGUUGCAUAGUUGUAAGUAAUAUUAAUGAUUGGAGAUCAGUACCAAAGAAUUACUCUAUUAUUUAUUAUUCCCUGCAAGACACAUUUGUUGGGCAGGAGAAAGAAUCAACCGGAUUGCCCACAGACUCACAAGUGGGCAGUGCAAGGAAGUCUCGUUAUCCCCUUAAGGCUAGCCCACUGCUGGCUGUGGGUUGAACACGUCAUCUCCCUCGUAAACUUAGUUCUCAAAAUCUCAUCCCAUAGAUCAAUUACUUUCUUUCUCCAGAUAAUAGCUCACACUCACAAGAUUUAAUUGAUCAAGAAAGUAGGAGGAUGCACAUCCAAAAACCCUGGAGGGCUUGUUUAAUACAGAAAUGAAACUAUGCCUCUUGAGACAAAUAUCCUUAGAAGGAGAAUUGGAGUACCUGAACUGAAGUCGGCUCUAAGCCACCCUCAUUUCUUUAAAACAAGUGAUUAGAAAUGCUGCCAAAAGGCAUGUGUGUUCACAAAGACAUGGUGGUGGUGAGUGUCGGAGCUCUGUGCUCUGCUUUCUCCCUCUUCAGACCUUCUGAGAUUUCCAGUGACCCAACAAUCGCAGAAUUUUCAAGUUAAUAAGUUAACGUUCUUUUGAAAGGGAAAUAUAAAUGAAUCCCACUCUGAACGUGCUUCCUUUUCUUCUAAAGACUAAUGAAAAACAGAUAAAGUAGAUGCAAUUGUCCUGAUAAAACAACAUACAGCACUUCAAACUUCCCCAACACUCUUUAAUUUUGUAUGUUCAAAUAUUCAGAUGCAAAGCUGGCAUCUGUCACGAAGUGAACCGUACACAGCGUCCCGCCUCAUCCCCGAGAAAAGAAGAGCACUUUUUAAAAACAAUCAAUUUAUUUACAUAAAAUUUUUAUUUUAAUCUAUUAAAAUGAAGAACUCUUAAAAGGGGUUAUUUCUGUUAGCUGAAUCUUUUCAUUCGCCAUGUUGUUCUGUUAGAAUAAAAUAACUUCAAGCCCAUUCUCAUCGGCAGCGCGCCUCGGGCUGCUGUGGGAGAACAGCGUGCUGUGCAGAGGAGGCUGUCCUCCAGGAACAAGAAAUUAGCAGGCUCUUCACCUGAACUGGAGUAGUUUUUCUUUAAGAAAAUCCUAGAGUUCGAUUUGUAUAGGACAUCUCUGUUCUAUGAUGGCUUCUAGUCCACAGUAUGACAGAAAUGAGGCCUUUACCCAACGAAUUUGGAGCCUCCUAGGAGCAUAACAGAUGUCAAGGGGUUUAACUGCAUACAUUACUCCUCUACUUUCAAGCAAAACACUCCAGACAGGGAGGACAAAUAGCUGGAUUGCCAGAGGCAGCAUUUUGUUUUGCUAAACACCCCAAUGCCCAAGACUCUACUUUUGGAAUUGGUCUUACAUCUAAACGAAAUUUCUAUACUCACAGGCAAAGCUAAGCUAGGUGGCAUAAGUAAAAUGCUGCCUUAAAAUGUAGGUGCUCACUCAAAACAUUCACUAAUGUCAAAAUGACCACAUUCAGAAACUGUAAAAUGUUAGAACCAACCCAGCCGGAGAGCUAAUCAAAUGGUUUAAUUACCUCUCCAUCCUCCUCCCCCAACCUGGUUCCACAAGGACCACAGGAUCCUUUUCAGGGCAGGGCCCUCUGGGUUCAGAGUAAUCCCGUUUGAAGCAAAUAUUUUCAGACAUGCAGAUUACCUUUAGGAGAUGUGGCAAAAUAAACAAACCAACUAAACCACUUGCAUGUAAAAAUUCUGGGAAAUGAGUUCAUUUUUCUAAGUCAUCCCAAUCAUAGAAAAUAACCAAAUCAAUCAAAGCUAGUCGUGCCCCCAGUAGCAACAAUCCAAUUACAAACUGCGUGUGUGGCUGUCGUUCAUGAACGAAAGGUUAAAGUGCAUAACUUGCUCUUCUUCCACUCGUGUGGUAACACACUUUUGUAACCUGAGACGCCUCUCACUUAAAGACUGCAGUCACUCUCAGGGUCAAGAGGUCCAAGGGGGUGUUUGGCUGUCCCCCUCCACGAGAAAGUAUCACAGUGAAGGCUCACCGAUGGGUAUGGUCGUGAGUUAAACCAGAGGAAGGAGAGAGUCAAUUCAGACCAGGAGCUGGAGCCUCUCCUCUCCCCUCAGAUCCCAGUUCACAGCCCUCUGGGAAAUAUAAACUCUCAAUGAAGUGCACGAUUUUAGUACCCUGAAGUGCCCCUUUAGGAUGGCAUAUCAAUUAGUUGACAACAGUCAUGAUUUUUUUUCACAAUCCUUGUUUCAUCUGCAGAUCUUAGGAACUCUUCAAAAACAUCCUUUAGAGUUUACAAUUUGGUAUAAAGGCAAGUACGACUCGUCUUUUCUUGAAAGCACAGCCAUUCCAUUCAUGGCAUUUACCUCUCACCUCCUUGGCCUUGGUUCAGGGUCAGGGUCAUUGGGACAGUGACAUGGGAAGAUUCUCAGGCACACGGUGGUUACAAAGGCAGCUAUGCGGUCAGACAGCAUGGGUUGCAGUCGGGCUCUAAUUAACUUCACUGCUCUGCUCCUCAGCUUCUCUCAUCCAGAGAGUGGAAACAAUACGAAAACCUACUUCCGAGAGCAGUUGAGAUCAGAAAAUGAGUUAAUUCACGACAAUAUAAGGAAUCAAAUGUUGGCUAUUAUUAUUCUGAAGUGUAGGCAGAAUAAAAAUUCUGUCAAAAAGUAUAAUUUUGUGUCUCCAAAUUAACAAAUAAGUUGAUUAUAUAUGUUUACUACAGUAGUAAAAUUUUAAAAUAAAAAUUACUUGAGAAUAUUCACCUUUCCAGGGGUUUAAUAUCAAACUGACACGUCUAGAUGAACAGAUCAGGAUCAUUAUGUAACUGAAAUUUCCAGACGAAAUUACUCAAAUUCACAGCUUGAUUUCAAAUUCUUACUGCCAACAAAAUUCUCGUGUGAGUUUAAGCGACUAGUUCUCAAACUUUCGUGCCCAGGAGCACCACUUGGAGGCUCAUUAAAAUGCAGAGGAGGGGUGUGCUCAGAGUUUCUCACUCACUGAGGCUCGGUUUGGAGUCAAGAAUGUGCACUUCUCAGGACUUCCCAGGUGAAGCCUGACUGCUGUUCUGUACUUUGAGAACCACUGUUGAAGAUUAACAUAUGCAGAGAAAGACAUAACGCAAAACUCAGAAGAAAGAAAGAACCAAAAUAUAUGUUCCCAGCAAAGGCAUCAACUCAAGUGGUUCUACUGGUAAUAGAAGGACAUGAGAGUUCAAAAUACUGUGUGUGUGUGUGUGUGUGUGUACACACACCAACAAUAUUUAUAUCAAGGUAACAGUGAUACAAGGAUCCCUCAAUUUAAUGAUAGACUUCCCCAAAAACCAAAAGCUAGGUUAAAAGAAAAAAGAAUAAUAUGUUUAUAUUUAAAUUCUAGUCAUGAAAAGCAUAAAAGACACUUUAUAUAAUGAGCCUGGCAAUGGAUACAACUGUUUUUCUUUUCUAAUGUAAUUUCGGAAUCUUAUAAUUUAUAAUGGGAGGAAACUGUUUCUCCUACAAAGAGUUGAUCAAACACAGAUUUAAAAUAAUGACAUUAUUAAGCAGGAAAACAACAAAGAGCAAGAGACUUAGCAUCCCUAACAAGCACAUUUGAGUUAAUGUAAUUACUUGUUCAAAUGUAAUAUAUCGGCCAAUGUUGAGCACAACGUGUUUUCAGGUGAAUAAUCAUCUGAGAAAGCAAGCCUGCAACCUUCUCCAGGAAGCGGGCUUCGAAAGGCUUGAUCUCAGCUUGGAUUGAUCCUUUGCAAUGGAAAAUAACCAAAAAGAAAACUCAUCAAGCAUCAACUCUAUGGGAGGUUUCAGUAAAAAGCCGCAAGAUUUUAAAUUGCUUUUUAAAAGAUGACUUCUCACCCACCCUGCCCCACAUUUCCCGGGGAAAUAAAAGCAGAAGUCCUAAAAGCAGUCAGACGGAAAUCCAGCGUCUGCAUAGCUUUGAGUCCACAGCGUUUGAAGGUAAUUCUGAUUGUGAAGUCCUCUCUCCCUCUCUCCCCCUCUAUUUCUCUCCAGAACACGCAAGACUUUACUGAUGAAAGCUCAGCGAACUCUUUACCAUAAAGAGUUUUAACAACUAAGCAAGGACAUUAAGAGGAAAAGACCAGAUGCCACUCUGCAGGUUGUGUUAACUGCCACUUACUGGAUACACUCAAAUCCAUCAGAAUCAACCGAGUAACCAGGUAGCAAGGAAGGAACACCAGCCAUGGACAACCUCACCUCUGUGGCCAGGAACAGCAGCCUGUGCACCAGAGAUUACAAAAUCACCCAGGUCCUCUUCCCGCUCCUCUACACGCUCCUGUUUUUCGUUGGACUCAUCAUAAAUAGCCUGGCAAUGAGGGUCUUCUUCCAAAUCCGCAGUAAAUCCAACUUUAUUAUUUUUCUUAAGAACACAGUCAUUUCCGAUCUUCUCAUGAUUCUGACUUUUCCGUUCAAAAUCCUCAGCGAUGCCAAACUGGGGACGGGACCCCUGAGGACCUUCGUGUGCCAGGUGACCUCUGUCGUAUUUUACUUCACAAUGUACAUCAGUAUUUCCUUCCUCGGACUGAUAACUAUCGAUCGCUACCAGAAGACCACCAGGCCCUUUAAAACGUCCAACCCCAACAAUCUCCUGGGGGCUAAGAUCCUCUCUGUUGUCAUCUGGGCUUUCAUGUUCUUACUCUCUUUGCCUAACAUGAUUCUGACCAACAAGAGGCCGAGAGACAAGAACGUGAAGAAAUGCUCUUUCCUCAAAUCAGAGUUUGGUCUGGUCUGGCAUGAAAUCGUCAACUACAUCUGUCAAGUCAUUUUCUGGAUUAACUUUUUAAUUGUCAUUGUAUGCUAUACGCUCAUUACAAAGGAACUGUACAGGUCCUAUGUAAGGACAAGGGGCACGGGCAAAGCUCCCAGGAAAAGGGUGAACGUCAAAGUUUUCAUUAUCAUUGCUGUGUUUUUCAUUUGUUUUGUUCCUUUCCAUUUUGCCCGAAUUCCCUACACGCUGAGCCAGACCCGGGACGUCUUUGACUGCCCUGCUGAGAACACUCUAUUCUACGUGAAGGAGAGCACCCUCUGGCUGACGUCCUUGAACGCGUGCCUGGAUCCCUUCAUCUACUUCUUCCUCUGCAAGUCCUUCAAGCACUCCCUGAUGGCCAUGCUGAAGUGCCCCAAUUCUGCAACGUCUCCAGCCCCGGAAAACAGGAGAAAAGCACAGGCUGGUGGUGACCCCAGCGAAGAGACUCCAAUGUAAACGAAGGAGGCAGCAGUGCGUCUGCUGGCGUUCGGAACGCCUAAAAGGAAAGCACUAUGAAAACUAUUAACAUGACUAAGAAGCAGCUGAGUCAGUAAAGUCGACUCUUGAAACAAGUAAUACAAGACUACAGAAGGACUUUUCCAGCAUUAAAAGCUAUCUUAAAAUGUAGAAAAAUAAGCUACCUUGCAGCUGUGUAGUAAAAAAUCAGCGUCCAAUCCCUAUGCUAUGUGCAAAACUACACAGAAUUCAUGGUUUGCAGGGUUUUGGCAAAAUGGGUAACCAUAUAGUAGUAUCUAUUCCAAUUCUUUAAAUACAUUAUUGAUCACAAUUUUUUUUUUAUGAUCAACUAAGGAAGAAUGAUAAAUUAGAUAACAACUUCUGACCAAAAGUUACACUUAAGAUGUACAUACAUCCUAGUCCCCUAACCAGAUGCUGACCUCUUAUGAUACUCACUAGAAAAACUGAAGUCAGCGGGACACGCCAAGAAGAACAGCUACUAACUUUUAAUUAUUAGCAAAAACCUAAAGGAUUUAAACUAAUUGAAAUGGUAAUUGAUUGGACCGAAUUUUUUUUUUAAUUUUUCAUUAAGGUAGAGGUUUAAAAAAUAUCUUUCCAAUAAAAAGAGCAGAAAUGGCAAAGUUAUUAAAACAAGGAGUUAUUUUUAUGACAUUCUAAUACCAAAAUAAUAUGAAUAUUUCCUUAACACUAGAGAAACCAGCUUUACUAAUAUUCUGACAACUUCAGUAAAUAUAAUACCAUCACUGACACUUAGCAUUAUUAACUAGCUUCUAGAAACUACCUGCUACUUGGGUUACUGAACAUUUUCCAUAGUGAGAAAAACAGGUUAAAUAUGAUUACGCAGUUGCACAGCAUAACUGUUAACAGGAAAAUGAUUCAAAUGUUCGGAAUUACCUGCUUGUUAUUUGUGUGUACAACAAAAAGUUUACAUUAAACUCUAAAUCACA